AAUGUAGUUGACUUGCUAGUAACGCUGCCAAACUCCAGGGGGCGGUGUUUGAUAUUUUCCUCGGUAAAAAUCUUUUGAAGUACAACAAAGAAGUAGCGGAGUGAGCCAUUUAACCAGUGAAAGGCAGUCCCUUUUAAGGGAAGCUGGUGACUAAUGUGUUACUGUUACGAAAGCAUAUAUCAGGGAAAUCCAUUCGAAACGGGGCUGUCCGAAAAUAAAAGUCGGUGAAAGUGCUUUUUUCCUUGAUCAAACUGGGCCUCUCCCGGGUUGAGGCGUCGUCAUGCGUCGAGGGGAGCAUGGCUCACAGGCUUUCCAGGCCCCUGUGGACGUUCACGCCAGUGCAGACGGACAGGUGUUCAUGUUCAGGAGGCCGGCCAAUGAGCUGACUGCAUCCUCCGAUGAUGAGGAGCUCAGUGUGGUGGAGAUGAGGCAGACAAAGCCGGACAGUCGCAGGAACGUUCAGCUGCUGGAGCGGAAGGUCUUAGAGGACGAUAACCUGAGCAAGCUCGCCCUGCAGUACGGAUGCAAGGUGGGAGAUAUAAAGCGAGUGAACAACCUCAUGCGAGAGCAGGAUCUGUUUGCACUGAAAUCAAUCAAAAUACCAGUUCAGAAGCACAGCUUCCUGACAGAGACUCUGUCGGGCCGGGACGAUCCCCUGGAGGAAACGCCGCACUCGUCUGGCCUGACGACAGCUGACAGGACGCAUCUGCAGCAGGUGACGGACUUUCUAGUGGAGGUGGAUAACGACAUCGAUAAACUGAUCCAGACGACAGCGGAUCGAGACGAGGAUCCCUCCGAGAAACCACGGCGCUUCGGUCUGAGACAGCGGCGCUCCAACAAUCACGGCGCCGACUGGGGUAUUCAGUGGUGGAACGCCGUGGUAGCCAUGCUGUUGAUAGGUAUCGUCUUGCCCUUGUUUUAUGUAAUUUAUUUCAAAACCAAAGAUGGUGGAGCGGUUUUGUCAGAUGGCUUACACUCCUCCACCUCCUCGCCAAACAGCACAGCGGCGGGUUUCAGCACGAGAGGAGGCGAGCCGUUUAAAGAACCAGGAUAGAGGAAGGUUUAUUGGUACUCUGAAGGAUCUUAGAAACGGAAAUGCUGCCAUUGUUUAGAAAUAGAUGACACUCCCAAUAAAAGCCGAAGUGCCUCGUGUUUUUAUCUGGUAUUGGUGAAAAAUACUGUUUUCCCACUAUGUGCAAUGUCAAUGUCCCAGGACAAAUCUGGGUUUUUGUUUUAUGAGAAUUAUUUUGUGUUGGAGUGAAAACAUCAAACUGGACGGCUGAGUGUUAAUUUAUAUGUCAAAUAUUUAAAUGAAAACCAUUUUCUUAUGAACAUCAUGCAGUCAAAGUAACUUUUUUGAGCCACAUCAGA